AUCUUUGGAAUAUCUUUUCACGCGUUACCACAAUCACUUGUGCCAGAAUAUGGUUAUGUUCCAAGCUUUCUUGUUGAUACUUGUGAAUAUUUGGAAGAACAUGUUCAUACUGAGGGACUCUUCAGAAAGUCUGGAUCUCUUGUUCGUUUAAAAGCUUUAAAGAGUAAGCUGGAUCAAGGUGAGAACUGCCUCUCAGCUGCACUGCCAUGUGAUGUUGCAGGCCUUCUUAAACAGUUCUUUAGAGAGAUGCCAGAACCCAUCCUUCCACAUCACCUGCAGGACAGCCUUUUUAAAGCUCAGCAGCUAGGAAACGAGAAGAAAACUGCAACUGUGUUGCUGUCGUGUUUGAUGGCCGACAGAACAAUUGACGCUUUGAGAUACUUUUUCAACUUUCUGAGAACUGUGUCCCUAAGGUCCAAUGAAAACAGAAUGGAUAGCAGUAAUCUUGCAGUGGUAUUUGCUCCCAACCUCUUGCACUCAAAUGGAAAUGAAAAGAUGUCAGCCGGUACAGAAAAAAAAAUUCGCUUGCAAGCUGCUGUUGUGCAAACACUUAUUGACAAUGCAGCAGAAAUUGGACAAGUACCAGAAUUUAUCUUGGAAAAGAUUCCUGCAAUGUUAGGUGAUAAUGCCUUUCAGUCUACUCCCUCACUGUGGGGCCAGGAAGAUGGUGAAAACGAAUCUCCCAGUGAAUGUAAAAAGAGGAGGCACCAAAGUGUUGGGGAUAUUGUUAGUGGAGCAUUGAAUAAACUUAAAUCUCACAGAACACCCUCCACUACACCUCAACAAGACAGAAGCGUCCUUUCAUCUGUGACGCCGGUGGUUCUUACUCCAAGUACCAAGCGUAAACUUCCACCUGAUUGCUCUCAGGGCUUAUCCAGCAAGAAGAGACGAUCUUUUAAGCAUAGUUUUGCUUUUGAGUUGUUACCAAGUAGCAUUUUUAACAGCAGCUCGACACCAGCAUCAGUUCAGUUUGAAGCAAGCCCUUGUGUGUCUCUUGAGUCAUCACAACCUUCUCCGUCUCCUUCAACUGGUGGCGAAAGUCAUCUGUCUAGUGCAGGGAAGAGAAGAAGUAAAAGACACGCAAGCAGAAAAUUGUACAGGGCUGAAUCAGGAAAGACAGGUUGUUUUUCUCCAAAGAUCAGCCGAAAAGAAAUGGUUCGUAGGUCGCUACGUUUGAAGUUUGGUUUGGGGAAGAGCAACAGAGAAAUGAAUAUUCUAUCGGGAUGUGCGGUUGGUAAUAGAUCUGAAAAUAUUGGAAGGCGUCUUGCAAGUCAGCAAGGUUUGGAAAGCAGAACGGAAUGUGCAAAAAGAGAUGUACUCUUCAGCCCAUGUGUCAAUGAAAAAUUCCCUAAAAAAGGUUCAAAGAAUGUAAGCAAGUCAGAAGAAAACUUGCUGACUCCCAAAUGUCACGACAAAGUAGUUCACCGAAUGUCAUGGAAUAGUCCUGCUGUUACAGAUUUUCAAGCAAUCAGCAGUCUGCCAGGACACCCUGAAACAGGAAUCAGUUUUUCAGAAUCUGUUUUGAUACUUGGAAAGCCGCCAGCUGUUCCAGAUGAACUCAAAUCCACGACUUUAAGUAAACAAGACAACGGCUUGGAACUUCUGCUCUGUGAAGAGGAAACUAACUCAACUGCAGAGACAUUACUGAAAGUUAAGCAAGCCUUCUCUGCAUCUGGUAGUAAUCUUCACAAUCUGAUAGGUGGUACAAAAUCUUCCUUCUCAGAUGUAGCAGAUGAAACAUUAAAUGAAACUUUGCAUCUCACAGGGCUCAGCCCAGAGAAAAAAUUGUUAGAUGAAGAAGUUUCUGAAAACGUAGCAAAUACAAAAUCCAGAGAGAUGCUGCACCAGUUUAAUCAAUCUUAUGCUACUGAUAACCAGCAAUCAGAAAAAGAUGAAAUUAAAGUUUUGGAGAAAAGGAACUUCAAAACUUCCAUUGAGAUUGAGCUUAAGGUCCCGAAACCAGAUACAAAAAGGGUUAUAGAACUUCCUGUGCCUCAGGUUCUGGCCAGGGAAGACCAGUUGACUGUUCAGACCAGUUCAUCAAAAGAUGACUUAAACAAAUUAGAUUGCUUCGGAAGAAGCCAGGAAAUAGAAUUAACAGACUCACAAGCAGGUGAAAACCAUAAGGUAAAAAGCUGUAAUUUGGAAAAAGUUACUGCUAAACUUCCUGUGGCAGGACAGCUUCCUACAUCGCAGUUGCCUAAAUCCCAAAAUGAAGUAGGCAACCAAUACUUGCAAGCUGAAAAUUCUGAUAAAACCAUAACUAAAACAUCAACUGUUUCUGACCACGGGAAGGUUUCUGACCACAUACAAUGGUUCAACAAGCUUUCAUUAAAUGAUCCCAGUUCUGCAAGCAAAACUAAACCACCUCUGAAGUUUCAACGUACUCCCGUUAGACAGUCUGUAAGAAGAAUGAAUUCCUUAUUGGAGGCCAACAGACGAUCUGUAAGUUCUCAGCUGCUUAAAGCAAGUGGUGUUGGUUCACCGCUUGUCAAGUCUUUGAGCUAUGAUUCUGCACUGUUCUCCUGCACAGAGAAGUCCUCAAAGAAUUCUGUGGCUUUGCCACUCAGGAGUGAAAGUACAUGUGACCAAGUUGCUCUAUCUCAUAAGCAGCUAGACUUAACAUCCAAAUCUUGUUGCAGACUGCCAAAUCCAUCAGACAAUCCUGAUGUUUCUGUCAGAACUGCUGGAAUCCAUGAACAGAAAGUGCUUGUUCAUCCAUCAAAAUCUGUUCUAGAAGACCUGACCAAUCAUGAAGCAGUGAAGCCCAGUUUAAAAGUUAAUGCAAAUAUGAACAUUCCAGGUGUUGCUCCAGAGAAAUCCACAAUCACAAGAUGUGCUCCAGGAAAAGAAAGAGUUUGUUAUAGAGGCUCUCCGAAGAAUCCAAUAUCUAAAGUGAAACUGCUACCAACUGCAAAACCAGUAGACUUGUAA